UCUGUUCUUUUUUUUUUUAUUAAUUUAUUUCAUUUUUUUUUCUUUCUUUUCACAUAUUUGUAUGUAUAAUGAUAAAGACUUUAAAGUUUUUACCUUCUCUCAUAUCAACUAAAAAGCCAUCCAACAAUGGGAAAAAGAAGUUAAAGUCAUCUUUAAAUGAAUACAAAGAAGAUAAAAUAACUAAAUUACCCAGGGAGCUUUUAGUUUGUAUCUACCAACAAUUAAGAACACAAGAGUGUAUAAAGCAGUUCUCUUUGACUUGUCGUACCUUUUAUCAUAUAGCGGUUCAUCCUAGAUCAAAGGCAGCAUGGAUUAUCACCCAUUUUGGACCUCGAUUCGCUCUCUAUUAUGCCCUCUUAACUGUACCAAAACUAUGUUAUUCUCAAUGGGUAAACAUACUAUUCCACAUGGGGGCAAUCGUGCCUCGUCAUGUUUUACAAGCGCUUGUUCAAGUGUAUGGUAAGGGCCAUACUUCCCUUCAUAAGAAUCCAUAUACUACAGAUAAAUCCUCUCUAUCACCCUUAAAUUGUGAUGAUGAAAUCAUGAAUUGUAUAUUUGAAGGUAAAUUCUUUUCCAAUCAAAUACAGCAUAUACCCUUCGACGGCUAUGUCACUAUACUCCAGAAAGGGUAUCAAGAUUCCCCUGAACUCGAUUUGCAAACAAAUGACGUAGCGAUCUUCAUGUCCUCUAUCUCGUCCACAUGUAGUAGUAGUAAUAGUAUGAAUAACCGACAUGACUUCUUUCCUGCUCCUUUAAUAGAGAAAACAAUGCAACAUGGUGCCUCUAUGAUGACCUUAAAGCUCUUAUCCCUAAAUAAUACUAUACAGCCGUUUGAGACAGUGAUAGGUCUCUUUGAAUUUGAUCCUGUAGCUCGUGCCAGUCUCUGGGAGGCUAUUGUAUUGAUUUUGUUUAAUGAGGCGUUUAAAUCGAAUUCAUCAAUAGAACUUUCAAGGGAUCGACAGUAUCAAUUAAAGAUGGCACUCCAAUGUUUGAAUCUACCUUAUGAAUCUGAUAUUAAAGAAGAGACUCUCUUUUGCCAUGUCCUCUCCCACUUCUUUAUAAAGUAUCCUGUUGGUUAUUGUCAUCAGGGUGUUAUGAAUAAAUUACUAGGUAUGUUGAAGUUUUAUUUGAGAAAUCUAUUUGAUCUGGAUACUGCUUUAAGAUGGAUUGUGAAUCAACGUUUAGGAAGAUCAGAUAUAAUUGAAUCCAUUGAUCAUUUCCUAAAGCAUGAACCAUACAUACACACACACACACACUUCCUCCUUUAAAAGCUAUUGUACAUUGACAUAAACAUUUCCUUUUAUUAUCCCAUCAUUCUUCUACCUCUCCAUAAUGAAUGAUAUAUAUAUAUAUAUGUAUGAAUCCAAAAUACCCUUUUUUUUUAUCUACUACCCCCCCUCCCCCUUUUAUUUAUUUUUAAUAAAUUAUGUAAUUUAAUGAACUUGUC